CGGGACUGGGGCCGAGGCCUGCGCGCGGCCCGGGCGCCUGCACUGCGCGCGCGCCGACCCCGCGUGGGGCCCCGCUCGGCGCGCGCGGAGGCGGCAGGCGGGAGGGGCCGGCCGAGGUCGGGCAGCGGCGCGGCGGGAGGCUGCGCGGCUGGCCACUGGAGACGGGCGCCGGGCGGAGGAGCGCGCCUCUCGGCCUUGCCUCCGCGCCUCCGCGUUCGCAGCCGGCCGCCCCGACAGGACCCGAGGAGCAGGUGGCUUUCUAGAAGAUGACCAUAGAGGACCUUCCAGAUUUUCCAGUAGAAGGAAAUUGUUUGAUUGGAAGAUACCCGUUUUUAUUUCCAGGUUCUGAGACACCAGUUGUUUUUUCCAUUUCUGCGGCACCAAUGCCUUCGGACUGCGAGUUUUCUUUCUUUGAUCCUAAUGAUACAUCAUGCCAGGAAAUUCUCUUUGAUCCUAAAACUUCUGUAUCAGAAUUAUUUGCCAUUUUAAGACAGUGGGUUCCUCAGGUCCAGCAAAACAUUGACAUUAUUGGAAAUGAGAUUCUUAAGAGAGGCUGCAAUGUGAACGACAGAGAUGGAUUGACAGAUAUGACUCUUUUACAUUACACUUGCAAAUCUGGAGCUCAUGGUAUUGGUGAUGUUGAUACAGCUGUAAAAUUUGCAACUCAACUUAUUGAUCUGGGAGCAGAUGUUAGUUUACGGAGUCGCUGGACAAAUAUGAAUGCUUUGCAUUAUGCUGCUUAUUUUGAUGUCCCUGAGCUUAUAAAAGUGAUUUUGAAGACAUCUAAACCAAAAGAUGUAGAUGCCACUUGCAGUGACUUUAAUUUUGGAACAGCUCUGCACAUUGCUGCUUAUAACUUGUGUGCAAGUACUGUGAGAUGCUUAUUGGAGCAUGGAGCAAAUCCUGCAUUUAGGAAUGACAAAGGACAGAUCCCUGCUGAUGUCGUUCCGGACCCAGUGGAAAUGCCUCUGGAGAUGGCCGAUGCUGCCGCCACUGCUAAAGAAAUCAAGCAGAUGUUGUUGGACGCAGCGCCCCUGUCGCGUGACCUUUCAAAGCCCCUGCUUCCAAACUGUGACCGCGUCACUAGCAAGGCGAUGCUCACAUCCCUCGGUCUGAAGUUGGGGGAUCGCGUCAUUAUUGCAGGACAGAAGGUUGGAACAUUAAGAUUUUGUGGAACAACAGAAUUUGCAAGUGGGCAGUGGGCUGGCAUUGAGUUGGAUGAACCAGAAGGAAAAAACAAUGGAAGUGUUGGGAAAAUCCAGUACUUUAAAUGUGCCCCCAAAUACGGUAUUUUUGCACCACUUUCGAAGAUAAGUAAAGCAAAAGAUCGAAGGAAGAAUAUAGCACACACUUCUUCUGGAAAAGCUGUGCCUCUCAUCAGGUCCCAGAAAAUUGAUGUAACUCAUGUAACGUCAAAAGUAAACACUGGAUUAAUGACUUCAAAAAAAGAUAACGCUUCUGAAUCAACACUUUCAUUGCCUCCUGGUGAAGAACCGAAACCCGUAACAGAGAAAGAUGGUACCCUGCUUGGACCCAGCAGCAGCUCCUCCUCCACAUCAUCUUUGGAACACAAACCGAGCUACCCCAAGAAACUGAAUGCACGUAGCAAUAACAAGAAGACAAUGAGCAAAAGCCCGUCUGUCUCCUCUAGAGCCAGUGCUGGUUUGAAUUCCUCAGGAGCAUCUGUAGCAAAUAACAGCCGCUGUGCAGGAGAGCCCCACCUCGGAGAUAGAGUGCUGGUGGUAGGCCAGAGAAUCGGCACCGUUAAGUUCUUCGGGACAACAAACUUUGCUCCAGGAUAUUGGUACGGUAUAGAGCUUGAGAAACCCCAUGGCAAGAAUGAUGGUUCAGUUGGAGGUGUGCAGUAUUUUAGUUGUUCUCCAAGAUAUGGAAUAUUUGCUCCCCCAUCCAGGGUACAAAGGGUAACAGAUUCCCUGGAUACUCUUUCAGAAAUUUCUUCGAAUAAACAGAAUCAUUCUUAUCCUGGUUUUAGGAGAAGUUUCAGUACGACUUCUGCUUCUUCCCAAAAAGAGAUUAACAGAAGAAAUGCUUUUGCCAAACCGAGACCUGCCCUGCGCCGCAGCUGGGGCAGCACCACCUCCGCUGGGAGCGGGGAAGGGAGCGUGAAGCUGCACGAGGGGUCCCAGGUCCUCCUCACCAGCUCUAAUGAGAUGGGGACCGUUAGGUAUGUGGGCCCCACUGACUUUGCUUCUGGAAUCUGGCUUGGACUUGAGCUUCGAAAUGCCAAGGGGAAGAAUGACGGAGCCGUGGGUGACACGCGCUAUUUCACCUGUAAGCCAAACCACGGAGUCUUGGUUAGGCCAAGCAGAGUAACCUAUCGGGGAAUAAAUGGGUCAAAGCUUGUGGAUGAGAAUUGUUGAGUUAAACUUCUAACAUAUUCACUGAGCUCAUAUACAUGCAUAAAGAGUCCAUGGCCAAUGGUUUAUUUAUUUAGCCAUUAUUUUAGAUUGGAAAAUAGAGCUGUCUUCCUAAAAAAAACCAUUAUAACAAUUCAGAGAGACUCCUUUAGAAAGCUAGAAAUCUGAACCAUGGGAACCAUGGUUCUCUUAAAAGAAGUUCAAAAUAAGCAUUUUUAAGAGCUUUUAAAGCUUUAGAGCCAAGGAAAUUCUGAGACUUAGGGAAAAAAAAUGUGCACUUAGGUAACCAACUGACGUUGCUUACUCGGUUUCAUUUUUGCACAUAAUACUGGAUUUUUCAUAGGCUGUCAUCCGUGAGAGUUUUCACAGGCUUUGGUUAACAUACGACCUUCACAUACUUUUUUCUGUCAAGUAUUUUUGGAGUUUUUCUUUCUGUACUAAUAAGUACAGUAAGAGAAGAGCAGCUUAUGAUUAGUGUAUUUUUCAUUUUUUUUUUUUUUGGAAAUGAUUUGCCCUUUCAGGAAUGCCUCAUCUAGAGAUACGUUAAAACUCUGGAGUCGAAUGGGCCUUCGAGGCUCUUCUGAGCCUCUCAGCUAUUGCCAGAUAGAGAAAUGGAAGGUCUAGAGCAGUUCUUUUACCCAGAGUCUCUAACUAGCUGAUUAACAGAGCUCAGAAUAGAAUGGGGGUCUCCUGACCUGUGGCUCGUGCUCUUUCCUCUAUACAAAGUAUGUAAUCACAGAUUUUUCUUCUGUGUUGGCAAUUGCCUCAUCUGAAUGAACUACAAAACCCCAUCAUUAGGUUUAUGAAUUCAAGUCAUAAUUGGAAUUUUUUGCACGUACUUGUCUAAUUCCUUAUUGGACAUACCUAUAAAACACACACACGAAGCACUUUUAAAACAAUGCACUUUCAUCUUUGUGGAGAAUUUGCCAUUAUUUCUUCCUGGGAUAGGAAAAACAUUUAGAAAAAUUAUAUUUAAGAGAAGAGAGUAAAUUAAGAUGUGUUAGGAAGAAUAUAAUAGUUAUUUAAAUGUUUAUGAUUUCUCGAUGUUUUUGGUUCUAAUCAUAAAACUGGUGUUGUGUUUGCUACCUUUGCUGUUUUUAUGUUUUCAGUUGUUGCAAAAUUCAGCCUGUUACAAAGCUACAGAACUGUAUCAUGUUUUUGUAUUUCUUUUUGAGCACAUGUUAACAAACUGGGCUUCAAAAUAUAGUGAUAUAAUGUAAAACGUUUGUGUUGUGGAUAUGUAUUGACAUUUAUGUCCUAUAUGUGUAGAGAUUUAUCUUUUAUUGUAGAUAUGUAGCCUUUAAACUACACAGAAAUAUUGAAACAGUUUAUAAGAUUAAAAGUAUCCUUUAGAAUGGAGGUCGCUUUGUGCUUAGAAAUAAUAUGUUGAACUAUUUUGCAAUAUACUAUUUAAAAUCUAAA